AUGGCCACCGUCGAAAAGCCUAAGGAGCAGCAGAAGCAGUUCCAAGUACCAGACCAGGAUCAGUCAGACAGCGAAGACUACGAUAGCGACGACUACUCAGAAGAAGAGGAGGAGGUGGUUCCCCAAAAUAACCAACUUCGCAAGCGUCCACCACAACAGUCAAAGGUACAAGAACUCGAAGAAUACUCAGACGAGGAUGAUUACUACUCCGAGUCGGAAGACUAUACCGAUGGUGAAGAUUACGACGACUAUGGCAUGACCUCCCGCAAACCCAACCAACACUUUGAUCAGAAUCCUGCUGGUGCCAUGCAUGUCAUCACCCAGCCGAAAAAGAGCAUCGAUGACGAGGAAGGCAUGAAGCUGAAGCUGGAAUUGAAUCUGGAGAUUGAGAUUGAGCUCAAGGCUCGUAUCCACGGUGACUUGACCCUGGCUCUAAUGUAA